ACCAUACCUAGCCGUAUCGUGCAUCGCUUAUCCCAUUUUCCCCUACCACGACCAUCCAUCUUCGUCAUCACGCCGUUCUAUCGUGAAUCCAGAAGACGGAGGACCCUGCCCCAGCCAUAUCACACACACACAUAUACACACAUACAUACAGAGGGGGAGGAAGAGAGAACCGGGAAAGAAAGAGAACCUCGCUGUUUUUUUUUUUUUUUGGGUAACUUCGGCUCUACCGGUUGGGAAGCCCCCCUUGACGCCUAGGUUGAAUAGGGUAUAUCGAGACGAGCAAACCGGUCUGCACCUUGCAGCAAGAAGGCGGGAAUUCUCCCGCGCGUUGUUCAAUCUCUCUCUAUCUCACAGUCCAUCCACCAUCCACCCACUAGAGCUAUCCAAGUGCCUCCACACCUGCGAGACCUUGCAGACCUUGUCAGUCCUUGCAGCGCCCUACCAGUCGCGCGCCGUUCUGCCACCAGUUCCGGCAGGCCAAGUUCCAGCGGCUACCGUGUUAGUGGCCCACAUAUUAUCAAUAUCAACAUCUCCAUCAAACACUUUCUGCAAGCCGUGCCGCUCCGAGACCAAGCCAGAGCCCACCGAGCACCCAGUUCCUUCAGACCAGAAUCACUGGAACCCUGCCCGUUUUCGUUGUGCCGACGAAUCCCAGGAGUUCGGUUGGCACUUACUAGGACUUGUGUGCACAAGACCCGAAAGCUGACCACCUUCAAAUUGUUCCAAAAUGUCAAUAAAGUAUGUAUAAGUUUUUUUUUUCUUCCUUCUUUUCUCUCAUCUAUUCCUGUCGCCAUGAGCCUAGACUAAACAUUCGGUUACCCCCCUUUUUUUUCUCUUCCUUCCUUCCUUCCUUCAUCCCUCUGUUCCCCCUCCUCUACCUGCCCGCGAAAUUUUUAGGAUGUAAUAUCUAUCCUUGUCCUCCCCGAGAGCCUCGCUCCUCAUUCCGCGGUCUUGUGUGUGUAAUCGAUUUGUACUAUCCAUACAUUGUCGCCGCCAUGGAUUACGGGCUACACGACCAGCACGCAUCAUAUAUCCUUAGCCAAAGUAACCGGGGUGAGGAGGAUACUAACUUAGAGGCUAGCUGGGUUAUGUUAUCCCGGGCUGGGGAAAUAGAACCUUUACCACAUGAAAGCAUUCUAUAUAGGACAAGAGGUCGAAUAGGUCUCAACAUAACAGCCCCAAACCAGCCAGCCGGUGUUUCUCCUCUCAACAUCAAGAGCGAGAACGGGACAGCAUAUAUAACGAACCAAAGAUUGAUAUAUCUACCUUCCAAACCCACAGACCAGUUUAAGUCCUUUUCGUCCAAGAUAUUAGGAUGUUUGGACAGCCGUAUGUGCUCAUCCUGGAUUGGACCGUGGUAUUGGGAAGCCAAUGUACGACCGGUACCUGAUGGAAAUAUCCCGCCAGAAUUUCCGAGAGUGAUCCUGAAGUUGACAUUCAAGGACGGCGGUUCUAGUGAAUUCGAGUCGAAAUUCGUGGAACUCAAAGCGCGCCUUCACCAUGCGGCGCAGAUAGCGGAGGAAUCAGGUCAGAGUAACUGGGCCCAAACGGUUCAUGACGAACAAUUACCAGAAUAUAGUGGCCCCCAGGGUGGUAACAACCCUAACGAAAUAGGUGAGGUGGCUCGGCGAGCAGAUGAAGCAGCGCGGGAACAGGAGGCCCACCAGCAAACUCCCGAUGAGCCCCCACCAAACUACGACGAAGCUCAAGCCCAGGCGGUCAGCAUGCGCUUUGAUGAGCGUGCGCGGGAAGAAGCUGAGAGGGAAUCAUGAUAUAGCUAGUGUAGUAUACUAGUCAACCUAGAGAGCCCUAGAGCCCUAAAGCCGUUGAUACGGUUGACGAAAUAGGUUAUCCGAGGACCCCUGAUUAUAGGUCAACUUUGGAUGUUGAUACAAAAAGAAUUUGAUACCCCCCUGCAACUGAAAGUUUGGCACUCGGGGUACUAAGUUCCUGAGUAGCCAAUCUCCGUAUAGUUCAUAUGGAUAUCUUCGGUGAGAUUCUGGAUCCUGGCGAGUUGACAGAGUCAUAGUUUAAAGCAUGACGAAAUUAAAUCGAGUAUUUGGUUAGCAGCAAGGAGAUAUCCGAACUGAUACUACAUGCAAGGAAACCAGGAGCAAAACAAUGCGAUCUGGUAAUAAUUUCCUCACAAAAAUUGAAUGAGACUCAAGGCGAAAUACACUAAAGCAUGCGAUUAUAACAUACUUAAGUAUUUGUCAUAUUUUGCACUGCUAGGAAUAUUCAUAAUCACCGCCUAUAGGCAUAUAAAUAUAGCAGCAUGUGGGUAUUCUAGGAAAAAUAGUCAAAAGGAAAGACCCGUUACGAAUCCAUAGAUCUACCUCUCAAGGUAGUAGC